ACUGACUGGAAAAUACAAGCAGAGAAAUAAACAAAUUUUUCUACGAAGUUUCUGAGUAAGACAUGAAAGUUUUAUUUGUUCUUCUCGUUCUCAUCCAACUGAAGGAUGUGAUGUUAGACGUGAAUCAGAAUGAUAGUAACGAUAAUUCUGAUAAUGCGGAAAAUAUCAAGUCAUUGAAAUCUGCUGUGUUCUAUAAAGCUGUUAAUUAUCUAUCUAAUAAAACGUAUGAGAAUGAAGUGAAAGUUUCGUUUUUAUCCAUGCCAUAUAAUGUUUACUACACACAUAUUUUCAUGGCGUUUAGAGCAGCUGACAGUCAAUUAUCCACUGUGAGCUUAAGUGGUGAUGGUCCGGAUAGUGAGGUGAAUGGUGUAAAUCUGGUUUUAGCUUUGCGCAAAUUAGACCACAUGUAUGCACCUCAUCCUAUAACAUUUAUACUGGAUUUCGUACGAGGAUGCUACAACUCGAUAGCAGGUGAACAUCGGAAUAACACAUUCAUAUCGAUUAUGAGGUAUGGCGACGAUGGAACUAUCACCCGUGGAUUGAUUAGUGCUACAAGUGAGAAGUUUUUAGAGCAUAAAACGGCUGGUUCCCAUCACUACCUCUGGGAAAAACGAUCAAUAUCUAAUUCAUUUCUGGAGUUAAACAGUUAUGUUCCAGUGACAAACAUCUCUGGUGGUGAGUCUGGACAAAGUCUUUGUGAUUGGCAGAGAGUUGGACUGGCGCGUGAAUUUGCAGAUGACCAGACCUUGUAUGUGUUACACAAUCCACUCUGAAAGUUUCGCUUGACCAAUCUCCUGCAUGAAAAUAUCUGAUUCUACUUCAAAU